AAUUACAAUCAUGUGACGUCGUUGCCAUGGUAGCGGUCAUGUGUACAGUUAGCACUUUGCUGUUAGCAUCAGUUAGCCUAAACAGUCAGUGAAGACAUUUACCCUGGAGGGUCUGGAUCAUAAGUGAACAUGCCUCCCAAAAGUAAAACCAAGAAGUCCGGGAAGAAGGCGAAGCAGACCGCCGUGGUAGAUGCUCUGUCCACGGAGGAGAUGUCCAAAGACCAGUUUUCUGGUGUUUUCGGGACAAAUAGAAAUGAUGCUGAUGUUUGAUCUGCAGCUGGAGGAGCACAUCAUCCGCCUCCGAGAGGAACUGGACAGGGAGCGCGAAGAGAGGAGCUACUUCCAGCUGGAGAGAGACAAAGUCCAGGCUUUCUGGGAAAUCGCCAAGAGGAACCUGGAGGAGACCAAAGCUGAGCUGAGGCACACGAGCAGAGAGAGGGAGGAGGCAGAGGAGCGCCACCGUGUGGAGAUCAAUGUCUACAAGCAGAAGCUGAAGCAUGUCCUGUCUGAGCAACACAACGCCAUCACGGCACAGAAGACCGACGGUGUCCUGUCCACAUCACUGGUCCAGAAGCAGAACGCCGACUCUGAGCUCCACCUCCUCAAACAGAAGCACGGCCUGCAGGCGGAUCUAAAGGACAAGGAGUUUGCCAACGAGGAGGGCACCAAACGGCUCCAGGAGAAACACCAGCUGGAGUUGGUGAAGCUGAUGAACAAGUACGACGCCAAGAUCAGAGAAAUCGAGUUCAGACACAACAAGAUGAUGCUGUUGAUGGUCCAAGAGGAGGAGAAGAAGAAGGAGGCUCACAUCGCAGAAAUCCAGGAGCGGAUGACGAACCGCAUCGAGACUCUGAAACAGGACCACGAGAGAACGCUGAGAGGCGCUGAGGAGCAGUACUCCAGGAUCGAACGGGAGACCGAGAGAGACCACCGGCUGCUGAUGGAUGAGGUUUCACAAUUGAAGGUCCAGUUGGCCCGAAUGGACAGAAAACUGACAGAUGCUCAGCAAGAGAACAAACGCCUGACGGAGUCCCUGCAGGACGCUGAGCAGAAGCUGCCCGAGCUCCAGAAGAACCUGGACGACUACAAACAGUCAAAGGCCGAGGACGCGGCAAGCAGAGCGCGGGUGAAGAAGAUGGAGCAGGAGAUGAGGCAUCUGACAGUGGAGCACAACAUCCUACUGACAGCAUUUGAAAAGGUGGAGCUGGAGCGUGACCAGCUGAAGAGGUCGCAGAUGCAGGCCAUUGUGGACGUCCAGCAGAAGAACAGCCUGAAGGAGAUGCUGCUGCAGAGGAAGAUGAAGACGCUGACAGAGCAUCUGGAGACGAAGGAGGCGCAGCUCUGCGCUGCCAUUGCCUCCUCCAACGUCGAGCCAGCGGCUGCCAACAGCGCCGCUAACAGGCUGGAGGAAAUCCUAGAUUCUAAGAACACCCGUGUGAUGACUCUGCAGGACGAGCUGAUUCAGGACAUGAAGGCGUACGAUGAGCAGCUGCAGACGUGUACAACGAGGCUCAAGGCUCUGGGCGUCCCAUCAUACGAUAUCCCCUUCAGACCAGCAGACCAAAUCCUGAACAGACCUAAACCCUGACUUGAACCUCCUCCAUGUCUCCGAUGGUGCUUUAAUCUGUAAUAUCUGAAUUCCUGUUACUCUACCGACAGAAACAUCCGGUUUAGAAUCAGAUACGACAGAUGUGGAACAUGCUCAACUUAAAGCAUGUGAAAAAUAUUCAGAUUAUUCUGUGUAUAAAUUGUCCAACUACAGAGUUUUAUUUGAGAUGCAAUAAUUCUGUAGAUGAAUCAGGACAUUUAGUCAAUUUUUUUCUCACCUUUUCACACAUGAAUUCUGAAAAGAAAGUCCCGUAUUUUUUAUAGACUGUUUUCAGUAUUUGUCCCAUGGUACAAAUAAUGUCUGAACUCUGUGUAGGUGAACAAUCACAUGUUCCCAUGGUCCUUUGUUGCAGCUCUACAGUGAACAUGUGUUUUCUAAAUGUAUCGUUUGUUUACCAGGUCAACACUUGGAAUUUACAGAUGAAUAAACAGUAAUUUUCACCUUUUCAGCAG